GGUUCGUUUCUUACUCCAAAUUUCUCACUUCCUUUCACUCACUCUCUUCGUUUAGGGUUUUCUCUCAUUCUCAAUAUUGGAAGGAGCAGCCCGUUACCGGCUCCGUUCCGCCCUUCGCACCCGCCAUUGACGGCCCUUCUUCAGUCCCCUCUCUCUGCCAGAACCACCGUUGUAGUGGUUUUUGAGAGAUCUAACUGGCAUGGUUGGAGGAAUCUUAUUCACGUUCUACCAGGGAUCAAAUCUUGAUAGCAAUGCAAAAAUGUGGCGUCUGGUUGCAGAUCUCAUGAACGAUCUUGGUAUGCUAAUGGACCUCAUUUCACCAUUGUUUCCAUCAGCUUUUGUUUUUAUUGUUUGCUUAGGAAGCAUAUCAAGAUCUUUCACCGGAGUUGCGAGUGGAGCCACUAGAGCAGCUUUGACUCAACAUUUUGCUCUUCAGGAUAAUGCUGCAGAUAUAUCUGCUAAGGAAGGAAGUCAAGACACUGUGGCUACGAUGGUUGGCAUGGCACUGGGAAUGCUUGUUGCUCGCAUUACUAUUGGACACCCACUAGCAAUUUGGUUUUCUUUUUUGUCUCUGACCAUGUUUCAUAUGUAUGCAAACUACCGAGCUGUUCGAUGCUUGGCACUGAACUCACUAAACCCUGAAAGAAGCUCUAUUCUUUUGCACCAUUUCACCGAGACUGGCCAAGUUCUCUCCCCUAAACAGGUCUCUUCACUGGAGCAUGUUUUACCGAUACAACUAACUCCAUGGCAUUCAAAGAAGGCUAAUUCAUUGGAUACAAAAGUACGUUUAGGCACAAGGAUUUCUUCAUUCGAUGAAAUGGAAAUUAAGGAGCAUUUGCUUUCGGUAGCAUCUUACUACACAAAAGCCAAGUACUUACUAGUGGAAAAGAAAGGAAUCGUUAACGUUAUUGUUCAUAAAGAUUCAAAUGGCGCUGAUAUCCUAAAGUCCUUUAUUCACGCUCUUGUCCUUGCAAAUAAUGCUUAUAAAAGCAAAUCUUUGCAUUCAGACAGCCAAACAUGGAUGGAAAAUCAGUAUGAAGUAUUUAUUCAGAAGGUCAAGUCAUUAGGGUGGAAAACAGAACGGCUCCUAUCGUCACCUAUCAUAUGGAGAGCAAACUGGAUACACCAAUCAGCGACCGAAAAAAACGAUUAGGCGAAGAGGAAGCUAAUGGAAGGACUCGAUGGACUGAGUUAUUUAUGAUUGUACAACAUGUUUAUGGUUUUAUUGAAGUUCUGUCAAAAUAGAGAAAUUUGAUCAUGUAACUGUCAAAAUACAAAUUAUAUGCUUUAAAAUAAAACAAACUUGUAAUCACUGAGAGAUGUGAUAUUUGAUGAAAAGAAAAGUUGGAACUAGAAA